AUGUCCUCAACUUUGGGUCGUAGCAAGACUCCGUCAAGGGAAGAGCCCAAGAAAAAGGUAUUGUCUGAAACAUGGCCACGCGAAAACCGGGUUUUCAAAGUUUAAUUUCAGGAGAGUUUUGUGGACAAACUGACGGGAACUCUUUCGAGAAAGAAGAAAGUUCCGGAAGACGAGGCCGCCUACGACGAGGACGAAGUUCUCGAGGUUUUAUUGAUUUUCAUUCAUUUUUCAAUUAAAAAACAGUUCUUAAAGGUGUUAAAUUGUUUUUGUGUAAAACUGAAAGAAAUAUUUGGUUACGUUUAUUUACAGCUCGAACUGGAAGGCCGCGAUGCUCUCGACUCGUCGUUGGUGCCGACUUUGGCCAAAAAUAUUUGGCUGGAAGAAGGUACGGUGGCCUAACUCUUGCCAAUUUUGUGGCCUAGGAACCCCGAAUUUAAAAACAUUGAGCAAGCAAAAAAGUAGUUUGCAGGCGAGAUCCGUCGCUACCUGACGAAAGAGACGGCGCGCGACCAAAAACUGGCGCAAGUGGUCGAUCUGCUCAUCUAUUGGCUGAACGAGGAGCUCGCCGAGCAGCGAAUCGUCGUCCGUCACAUUCAGGAGGACCUUUUCGACGGACAAAUCAUCCAGAAACUUUUGGAAAAACUCGAACAAAUUCGGGUGGGUAAUAAAGACACAAAACUGUCGAAUCUCAGACAAUUCGAUAAUCUCGUGUACUUCGCACGACACCUUUUCAAACAACCCUAUUGCUUCGUUUUCAGAUCGAAGUUCCGGAAGUUUCGCAAUCGGAAGAGGGCCAACGUCAAAAGUUGCAAAUUGUGAUCCAAACGGCGAAUCGCGUGCUCGGACAGCCGAGGGAACAGGAGAAAUGGUCGGCCGACCUCAUCCAUCAGAAGGUCCGUUUCACAAAUCAUUUUUUUUAAGCGCUUCGCACUUUUUAACCUUGAUCGAUUGAGAUGGUUGGAGAAUGCGGAUUUAAAUCGGAAACCUAUCGAUUUGAUGCAUUUUUCUUGUGAACACACAAAUUUUUGAGCACUUGACGCAGUGUGAAUUUUUGAAGACAUUUUUUAAAACUUUAAGAAAAAAACGACAAUGUUUUUAUGUCGAAAACCCCGAUUCUAAUUUACAAGAGAGUACAAAAAGAUAUCGAAUUUUUCAAUAUCGAUUUUUGUUACAACAUACCCGCGAAACAGUACUCAUUUUCAAGGACUUUACCGCCAUCCUCCAACUGCUCGUCCUUCUGGCACUCCACUACCGCGCGCCGAUCCGUUUUCCGGAUAACGUCGUCGCGAACGUCGUCGUCGCGCAAAAAGAGCACGGACAAGUCAAGACGCACCGAAUCGCCGAGCAGAUCACUACUGUGCAGACGGAACUCGCGCCCAAAGUAGGAAAUUCUGACGAGUACUCAAACACUAUUUUUUUUCUCAGGGAACCCGCGACGCGUUCGACACCCUUUUCGACUACGGACCCGACAAACUGGCGCACGUCAAGACUUCUCUCUUGGCGUUCUGCAAUAAGCAUUUGAACAAGAUCAAUCUCGAGGUGAUUUUUAGAAAAUCGAUACUUUUUCAAGACGUUUUUCCUGAUUUUUGCAGUCAAAUUAAGGCUGACUUUGCAUUUUGCGCAUUCUUGACAGUUUUCUAUGAUCAAUCGCGUGAAUAGAGACAUUUUAAGCGCUCAAACCGUAAAAACCGUGCUAAAUUUUUUUUUGCAGGUCUCCGAUCUGGACACUCAAUUCCAGGACGGCGUGUUCCUUGUCCUUUUGGUCGGUCUGCUCGAAGGAUACUUUGUGCCACUCUACCAUUUCAAUCUACAAGUGCAAAACCAUGAGGAGAAGGUGAAGAACGUGCAGUUCGCGUUCAAAUUGAUGGAAGACGCCGGACUCGAGAAGCCGAGAUCGCGUGUGCAGGACAUUGCCAACGGAGAUGUCAAGGUUCGGAGUUGGACUUUGAAAAAAAAGAAAACUGCUUCUUUUCCAGAGCACUCUCCGUCUCCUUCACUUGCUUUUCACCAAGUACAAGCACAUCUAA